AUGAGCAAUCCGCCUGAACACGAACAGCCUGAAGCAGUAGAAUUUGUGCCUAAAGAAGAUUUGAUAUCAGUUUUGGCAUCCUUGGGAAUAAGCAGAAAUGCGUCAAUGAGGGCGUUGUAUCAUACAGGCAACUACAGCGCUGAUAUGGCUGCAGCAUGGGUUUUUGAAAAUCAGGACAGAAAUAUCAACACACCUUUCAGUAGCAGUGAGUUAUCUGAUGUUCCUUCUUAUAAAAUGGUUUUCGUGGUGAAUCAAGAUUUGAAAAUGAGCAUAGGCAAGACAGCUGGUCAAGUUGGUCAUGCUGCUGUAGGGCUCUACAGAGAACUCAUCGAGAACCAACAAAACUUUGGAGAAAGUUUAUUGUUUUGGUCGCAGUAUGGAGAGACUAAAAUUGUUCUGAAAGGUUUAAAUGCCGAUCAUUUGAAAGAAUUAGCUAGCAAAGCAAAAACACUGGACCUUCCAAUAUUUGAAGUUUACGAUGCUGGCAUGACAGAAGUACGGUCAGGUUCUUUCACGGUUUUGGCAAUAAUGGGAAAAACAGAAGCAGUAAACGUGGUCACCGGCUCUUUAACGCUAUUAUAG